AUUUCAACUUCUCUCUUUAUACCACCACCAACUAGGCUUUAGAUCAUUCACGACGUGAAUCUAAAACACUAAAACCCGACUUUGUUAGUUUUAUUGGGGUGCGGUUAGGUUUGAUAUAAACCUGGAAAUACCGGUAUUUGAACCGAAGUUGACCGGGUGAGACUUUUUAGGAUAAACCCAAGCAGCCAUUUCCGAGUAAGAAGAGCUCUGUUUCUGAAAGAAGUUUUACAGAGUCGAUCGUCUAAAGCGUUGUUGAAGCACUUGUUAGUGGUGCUCUGUUUCAAGCUGGAUAAACCCAAUCCUAUUGGGAUUUGGCUGGAUUUUAUACCAUAUUUUAGCAUGAUUGUUUGAUAAACGCUUGAUAAAUUGCCUCUUGUUGUCACCUUUGCUACGAAAAUGUCUCUGGUUUGCUCUUUAUCUUGUGUAGCUCCCUUGCCACAGACUAAACAGUCGCGUCCAAGUUUUCUGAAACUCGAAACAUGUACCUUAAGUUUAUCUUCUCCCGCUGGCUAUCCUAAUUUUACCACCGGUAUUAGGAAGCAUAUCAGUUACUUGUUCACUGAACCGAUCAAGCUUCCUAGGCUAGCAAAGAGUCGGAUAUUAGUUAGUCAGGAGUCUUUUACAGAGACCAGCACAAUAGAUAUGGAUUGGGAAGAUCAGGAGGAAAUUGAGGAUACUGGGUCACCUUGGGAAGGUUCGGUUAUGUAUAGGAGAAAUGCUUCAGUUACACAUGUUGAAUAUUGCACUACCUUAGAGAGGCUUGGGUUGGGAAGGUUGUCAACAGAUGUCUCGAAGAAGAGAGCUUCUGCAAUGGGACUUAGAGUGACAAAAGAUGUCAAGGAUUAUCCAGAUGGCACACCAGUUCAAGUUUCGGUUGAUGUCAUAAGGAAGAAGAAGAAGCUGAGACUUGAUGGAAUUGUCAGGACUGUUAUCACACUCGGCUGCAACAGAUGUGGUGAGUCAACAGGUGAGAGCAUCUUCUCCAACUUCUCGCUAUUACUAACCGAAGAGCCAGUUGAAGAACCCGAUGUCAUUGAUCUAGGAUUCACAUUCGGUAAUGACAAAGAAGAAGGCGAAGAUGAUGAUGAUAAUGAUGAUUCAUGGAUAGAUUGGGAGGAUAAGCUUCAUUUUCCACCUGAGGUGAAAGAAAUAGAUAUCUCAAAGCAUAUAAGAGACUUGGUGCAUUUAGAAAUCACCAUCACUGCGAUAUGCGAUUCUGCAUGUAAAGGAAUGUGCUUGAAGUGUGGUGCGAAUCUGAAUAAGAGGAAAUGUGAUUGUGGCAGAGAAGAGAAGGAUAAAGGAUAUGGACCUCUCGGAAAUCUUAGAGAGCAAAUGCAACAAAAAGAGGGACUAAGGAACUAAACUCAACUCAACGAUAAUUGUAUGUAUUUUCCUUUUUACAUCUUCAUCUUGUUGGUGUUACUGUCAUAAAACUCAAAAUCAGGUACAAUAAUGUUCAAAUGUGAAUCUUAAGUAGCUAUAACGUUUUCAUUAUCUCAUUCAUAUGAUUUUUAUUUAGAAUCAAUCAUUACAUAUUCUUGUA